AACAUAUUGGCGUGAGUGCUUUGAAAAGUAAAUUAUCAUCUUCCAGUGGGAAGAAAUCCAAACGUUUCUUCUGAUAAGACUUUCUUUCUGCCCAAUUUUAAGGAAUGUUAGGAGCAAGGUUUUUCAGCUGUUCCAUUCUCUUGGCUCUAACUCUAAUGAUAACAAUCUUUCAAUGUGGAAACUGCCAACUUGGGACCAACUCUAAUCUUCCUAGUUUUGCCCGAAUUGAUGGAAGUCAUUUUGUUAUGAACGGGAAACGUUUAUACUUGAAUGGUUUCAAUGCAUAUUGGAUGAUGGUCUUUGCAGCCGGUCCAUCUACAAGGGUGAAGGUGACAUCAACUUUUCAACAAGCUUCCAAAUAUGGCAUGAAUAUUGCAAGAACUUGGGCUUUUAGCGAUGGUGGUGAUACACCCCUUCAGUAUUCUCCUGGUUCAUACAAUGAAGACAUGUUUAAGGGACUGGACUUUGUAAUAUCAGAAGCUAAGAAACAUGGAGUUUAUUUGAUCUUAAGCUUAGUGAAUAACUUCAACGAUUAUGGAGGAAGACAGGAGUAUGUUAAGUGGGCGAGGGAACGUGGUCAGUCUCUGAAGAAUGAAGACGAGUUUUAUACAAAUCCUGUCGUCAAAGAAUACUACAAAAACCAUAUCAAGGGGACAAUAGUGCAGGCCAUAUUGACGAGAAAGAACUCUAUUACUGGUGUGGCGUAUAAAGAUGAUCCUACCAUUUUUUCUUGGGAACUCAUGAAUGAACCUCGUUGCUCAAGCGACCACUCUGGAAGCCAACUUCAGCAAUGGAUCAGAGAAAUGGCAGCACAUGUUAAGUCAAUAGAUAAUUUUCAUCUGUUAGAAACAGGGCUUGAAGGUUUCUAUGGAGAAUCAAUUCAAAGCAAGAAGCAAUACAAUCCUAACAAUUUUCCUACCGGGACUGAUUUCAUUGCCAACAAUCAAAUCCCAGAAAUCGAUUUCGCAACUAUUCAUAUUUACCCUGAGCAAUGGUUAUCGCCUAAUUCAAGUGAGGAGGCCCAACAAGCUUUUGUGGAUAGAUGGAUACAAGCCCAUAUCCAAGACUGUAAUUCAGUCUUAAAGAAACCACUAAUAAUUGGUGAAUUUGGAAAAUCUGGUAAAUUUCCUGGAUUUAGCAUUGAGAAAAGGAACAAGUAUUUAGGGCAUGUAUACGAUGCAAUUUUCAUGAGUGCAAAAGAUGGUGGCUUAUGUCUUGGUGGGCUUUUUUGGCAACUCAUGGCCCCAGGAAUGAAGAACUAUGCUGAUGGCUAUCAAGUCAUACUGGAGGAGAGCCCAACAACUGCCUAUGUCAUUGCUGAACAAUCUCGCAAGCUACACUCUCUCUCACCCACUUAAUAAAAUUUGCCAAAUUUUAAUUAAGGAGGCAAAGAUCCAAUCAAUAAAGAAAAAUUAUCAUGUUGAUUUC